AUGAAACUACUAUUGACGAUACAUGUAUUUCUUAAUGUCCAGCGGUGUCGGUACCCAACUGUUUUAGAAUCGUUAGAUAUCAAUAAUAGCAAUGUUAUAAAUUGCUUUAUUGAUCAGAAAGGAAUCGAAAACAUUUUACUUAUCGAACAUCGAGAAGAAGCUAUAAAUUUUUUGACAGGUAGAAAUGUUCCUGGAAAUGUCAGAGAGGAUGUACGUUGUCUUAAUACGCAGGCCUAUAUAAUCAAUGGUGACCAUCUUUAUGGCGGCGCUAACUUCAGAUAUUAUUCCAAUUUUCGGCGUGGAGUUCAUUAUUUUGUACGAAAUGUAACAGAAGAAAUAAGACGUAGAAAAUCGCUUUUUGAAAAUUGCAACAAUGACAUUCGCAACGCUAGUGCUCAAAUGACAUCAAUUCAGAGGAAUUUAGAUAAAAUUAAGGAAAUCCAAGAGUUGCAAUCGUUUGAGGUCAAAGCCUCUGAUUUGACAGCAUUGGAAACGGAAUUACAUGACAGAGAGGAAGAAAUUGAGAAAGAUAAAGAAGAGUUAGAAAAACUCGUGGUAUCAUACCGCAACGUAGCCACAAAAGCUACAACAUUGGAAGAUCAGAUAAAUGACCUCGAAAAUGGGAUACAAAAGAUCGUGGAAGAUAUGAAACUGCUUAAAGAAAAACGUAAAGAAAUUGAAGUAAAAUACAGGAGUUAUGAUAGUCAAUGGAAUGAAUUGCAAUCAAAAAUUGAUCAAUUGUAUCGUAAGAAAAAUGAAAAAUUACAAACUACUUCUAAUCAAGAAAACACCGUAGAGACGUCCAAGGAAGCCGCUUUCAAGUUAUCUCCAACGCGAUGUAAUUCCAGUUUAGAUAUUUCAACAUUGAAUAAACAAAUUAAGGCAAAGAAAAAACGUUUAAGGGACCAUGAAAAAGAAACUGGUAGUCGUGAAGAAAUUCUGGCCGCUUACGGUAUUGCAAAAAAAAAGUAUAAUGAACAAAGCGGUCACCUUACUAUACUUGAUAGUACAUCUAAGCAACUGAACAAUCAAUUAAAGAAGCGACACAAGCUAUUUACAGGAAUGCAAAAAAUUUUAACUCAACGAAUUAUCACUACAUUUGGUAAAACGUUGGCAAAAAGAGGAUAUCUUGGUACUAUGCUGAUUGAUCAUAACAAAAAAAAGAUAUCUUUAGAUGUUAAGAUAUCUGCCAAUGCAAAAACCUCUGGCACCGGUUCAUUGUCAGGUGGUGAACGAUCAUUUUCAACCGUUGCUUUUAUCGUCGCGCUUUGGGAAGCAACGGAUUCACCUUUACAAUGUUUAGAUGAAUUUGACGUUUUUAUGGACAUGGUCAAUCGAGAUUUGUGCAUGGAUACUUUGCUACAAUUAGCCACGAAAAGAAAACGUCGCCAGUUUAUAUUUCUAUCUCCACAGAACAUGAGCAAAUUAAAGUUUAAGGAAAACAUCAGAAUUCACCGUUUACAAGAUCCUGCACGUGAAAAUAAUCAACCACCAAUUACGGAUAGCUUAGUUAGACAGUCCUGA